AAACCCCCCUGGCCCAGCAGAAGUGGGAGAGAGCUAGUGCAGAGCUGCAGGCUGAGGCUGGCAGAGAGGGCCUCACCCCCACCCUGCUGCCAGCUGUGCCCCAUCCUGGACUGCCCCCCACUGAGGACAGAAGCUGAGGCGGCAAAGCUUAAGGCUCAGUCAUGAGAACACAAAUUGAAGUGAUUCCUUGCAAAAUCUGUGGGGACAAGUCAUCUGGGAUCCACUACGGGGUUAUCACCUGUGAGGGGUGCAAGGGCUUCUUCCGCCGGAGCCAGCAGUGUAACGUGGCCUACUCCUGCACCCGCCAGCAGAACUGCCCCAUCGACCGUGCCAGCCGGAACCGCUGCCAGCACUGUCGGCUGCAGAAAUGCCUGGCACUGGGCAUGUCCCGUGAUGCUGUCAAGUUCGGCCGCAUGUCCAAGAAGCAGAGGGACAGCCUGCAUGCCGAGGUGCAGAAACAACUGCAGCGGCAGCAGCAGCAGCAGGGACAAGUGGCCAAGACCUCACCAGCUGGGGGCCAGGGAGCAGACCCCCUCACCUGCCCCACAAGGCUCCCGGAUGGGCAGCUGCCCCUGGGCUCCUCGCCUGACCUGCCUGAGGCCUCGGCCUGCCCCCCUGGCCUCCUGAGAGCCCCGGGCUCUGGGCCUUCCUACCCUGGAAGCUUGGCCAAAGCCGGGCCCAACGGGGCCUCGUACCCCCUGGAAAACAGCCCCAAGCAUGGCAAGGCCGAGGCCAGGGACGGCUUCUACGGCACAGGCAGCCAGCUGGCCCCUGGCCGGUGCGGGCUUCAUCUUGAGGACCCCAGGCACCCUGGGCUUGGGGAGCCAGGACAGGGCCCGGACAGCUACUGCAGCCCCAGUUUGCACAGCACCCCAGAGGCCCCCUAUGCCUCCCUGACGGAGACUGAGCACCUGGUGCAGAACGUCUGCAAGUCCUACCGAGAGACGUGUCAGCUGCGGCUGGAGGACCUGCUGCGGCAGCGCCCCAACGUCUUCUCCCGGGAGGAGGUGGUCGGCUACCAGAGGAAGUCAAUGUGGGAGAUGUGGGAACGCUGCGCCCACCGCCUCACCGAGGCCAUUCAAUACGUGGUGGAGUUCGCAAAGAGACUCUCGGGCUUUAUGGAGCUCUGCCAGAAUGACCAGAUUGUGCUUCUCAAAGCAGGAGCAAUGGAAGUGGUGCUGGUUAGGAUGUGCCGGGCCUACAACGCUGACAACCACACCGUCUUUUUUGAAGGCAAAUAUGGAGGCACGGAGCUGUUCCGAGCCUUGGGCUGUGGCGAGCUCAUCAGCUCCAUCUUUGACUUCUCCCGCUCCCUGAGCACCUUGCGCUUUUCUGAGGAUGAGAUUGCGCUAUACACGGCCCUUGUGCUCGUCAACGCCAACCGGCCAGGGCUCCAGGAGAAGAGGAGAGUCGAGCAGCUGCAGCACAGCCUGGAGAUGGCUUUCCAUCACCAUCUCUACAAGACCCACCGCCAAGGCAUCCUGGCCAAGCUGCCGCCCAAGGGGAAGCUUCGGAGCCUGUGUUGCCAGCAUGUGGAGAAGCUGCGAACCUUCCAGCAUCUGCACCCCAUCGUGGUCCAGGCCGCGUUCCCUCCGCUCUACAAGGAACUCUUCAGCACUGAAAUCGAGUCACCUGAGGGGCUGUCCGAGUGACUGGGAGGAGGGACACCUUCCCUUCUCUAGAGCCCACUGGCCCUCCCUCCAGCCCUCCUCCUACCCUCACCUUUCUCUUUCCUGUGCCCCCAGAGGGUGGACCCUGCCUGUUCUUUGGGGGUGAGCAACCACUGAUACUGGUUUUCUGCCCACAGGCUCACCUGGCAGUGGGCUAAGAGCCAGAGAGGGUGGGGAUGAGGAGACAGCAUCUCCAGCCUCAGCGUGGCUGCAUCUCCUUUACCAGGACCCCUCACUCUCAGCUUCUGAGAGGCCCAGGGUGGCACAUAAGGACCUCUAGGAGGACCACGGUGUCUGCAGGACGCUGAG